AUGGCUGCAGAGAACCCCAUGGAAAGUCUCCAGGAGGAAGCGACAUGUCCCGUCUGUCUGGAGUAUUUCACAGAACCUGUCACUCUGGAGUGCGGGCACAAUUUCUGCCGAGCCUGCAUCGCCCAGUGCUGGGAGGGAUCCGAUACAGACAUCUCCUGCCCUCAGUGCAGAGAAACUGUGCAACGGAGAAACCUCAGGCCCAACAGGCAGCUGGCAAACAUGGUAGAAAUCGCCAAGCAACUGAGUUUACAGGCAGCAAAGGGAAGAGGAGGGGACGGGGUGUGUGGGGAACACCAGGAGGCUCUGAAACUGUUCUGUGAAGAGGAUCAAACCCCCAUCUGUCUGAUUUGCAGAGAGUCCCGGGCUCACCGCGCUCACAUGGUGGUUCCCAUACAGGAAGCCACCCAGGAGUACAAGGAAAGAAUCCAGGCCCAAUUGAAGACUCUGAGGGAUGAGAGAGAAAAGCUGCUGGGAUUGAAAGUGACUGGAGAGGGGAAAAGCCAGAAGUAUCUGAGACAAACACAAACCGAGAGGCAGAAGGUUGUGUCUGAAUUUCAGCAACUGCGGCAGUUCCUGAAGGAACAAGAGCGACUCCUGCUGGCCCAGCUGGAGAAGCUGGAUGAGGAGAUUGUGAGGAUCCAGAAUGAAAAUGUCAGUAAACUCUCUGAGCAGAUUUCCCAUCUCAGUGAGCUGAUCAGUGAGCUGGAGGAGAAGUGUCAAAAACCACCAAGUGAAUUCCUGCAGGAUGUCAGAAGUACC